UCUCUGAAGGUGCUUGUUGGGCUCUGUGUUGUGUGUGCUCUGACUUUCUGCUGUGUUUUGGUCACGCUUGCUGUCUGUCUCUCCUCAGGAAUGCCUGAACUGCCUAACUACCCUCUCAGUCCUCGUAUUGUAGUGUUUGAUGCCCUCCUUGCAGACUUAGAGAACACCAGCUCUCCUCCGCCUCGUUGUCCCGUCUUGCUCACCUCUGACCCUCCACAAAAUCCUGAUGCCAACUCCCAUGACUCGCCCCAGGCUCGACCGCCACCGCCUGCCUACACCCCACAGCAGACUGUUUCUGCUGCAAUGAAGACUUCAAACAACUCCAACCCGGACAAAUUAUACAGCACUGUGUGUAAACCACAUUCUCCUCGCUCAGCAGAUCCUCCGCCUGCCUUCUCUUCCUCCUCACUGCUGGGUGGGGGACUGAAUGAACUGGAUCAUCUGCUGCAGGAGCUCAACGCUACCCAGUUUAACAUCACAGAUGAGAUCCUGGCCCAGUUUCCUUCUUCUCAGAAAGAUGAAAGGGACAAGAUCAAGGAUAAGGCCUCAACUUCCUCUUCCAGCUCGUCCAAACCUUCAGCAACAUCAGCCACCAUGGAGCUGGACAAGCUGAUGGCUUCACUCUCUGACUUCAGAGUCCAGACUACACCGGCUGCACCUGCCAGCCCUGUGGUCACUGCACCACAGCGGCCCGCCACCCCACCGCAGCAGCCCGCAGCUCCACCCCAGCCUUCAUCCGGAGGCUCAUUGGACAGCAUGCUGGGACUCCUCCAAUCAGACCUGACCCGACAAGGAGUUCAGACGUCCUCCAAGGGAAACUGUUCGGCCUGUCAGAAGCCAGUCGUAGGGCAGGUGGUGACGGCUCUGGGGAAGGUGUGGCACCCUGAGCACUUUGUGUGCACAGAGUGUGAGACAGAGCUGGGCAGUCGCAACUUCUUUGAGAAGGAUGGGCGGCCGUACUGCGAGUCAGACUACUUCAUGCUUUUCUCCCCCCACUGCGCUCACUGCAGCAAACCCAUACUCAAUAAAAUGGUCACCGCUCUCGACAAGAACUGGCACCCGGAGUGUUUCUGCUGCGUGAAGUGCAGCCGCUCAUUUGGAGACGAAGGUUUCCAUGACCGAGACGGCCAGCAGUACUGUCAGCAGUGCUUCCUGACCCUGUUUGCCUCCCGCUGUCAGGGCUGUAGCCAGCCUAUUCUGGAAAAUUACAUCUCAGCUCUCAACUCUCUCUGGCAUCCACAGUGCUUCGUAUGUCGGGAAUGCUACAGUCCCUUCGUCAACGGCAGCUUCUUCGAGCAUGAUGGUAAGCCGCUGUGUGAGGCCCACUACCACCAGUCCCGCGGCAGCAUGUGCCAGGCCUGCCAGCAGCCCAUCCUGGGGCGCUGCGUCACCGCCAUGGGGGCCAAGUUUCACCCCCACCACCUGGUGUGCCACUUCUGCCUGAAGCCCCUGAGCAAAGGCUGCUUUAAGGAGCAGGAGAGCAAACCCUACUGCCACCCCUGCUUCAUCAAGCUGUUUGGUUAAAGGCACUUCUCCAAAGCUCAGCUCUGAUCCCUGAAUAAAAAGCCAUGUGAUGUAUUUUUUUUACAAUAGUUCUUGCUUAUUUAGUGCACAAGUAGAGAUGGAGCAGGGCUCUUUGCAGAUCACCCAACGCCUCACAUGUUUGUUUAUUAGAAAAUUUGGGUGGAGACAAAACUUUAAAAACAGUGCCAAAUGAUUCCCUCAUGCACUAAAAUUUAGUUUUUUUUUUUUGCCAAAAUAAAGAAUCAGAUAAAAUGUAUUGCGCUUCAGUUCAAGAGAUUUAUUGUUAUGAAAAAAAGAGUCCUAUAAUAUAUUCGCUUUUCAAUGCAAUAAGUACACGUUUCACAGCAUUUGCAUUUAUGUACUGUUUGCUGAUCGCUAAAAAUGUUUAUGUAAACUAUCAUAUGGUUAAAGUUAGGUAUCAUUCACUUAUUCUUGCUGUCUGCAAAAUCCCAGAGGCUUUUCUAGAAAUAAAGAUGAUGUUUUUAUGAU